AGAUAAUUACCACGAUACAAGGGCCUGAUGUGGCUUAACACUCGAGUGCCACAGCUGAGCACCCACGUCUCCAUCUCACAUUGUUGUACAUCAUCUCCCCUUUUCCAGCCCACAUCCUCUGCAUUUGGCCUGCUCUGUGCUUGAAUCCAAAUUAUAUCUUAAUGGGUCUGGAUGUAAAGGAUUUCCGAUACGUGUGGUCAUAAUGUUGCUUAUUGUUUUCCUGGAAAGGUGAAAUACAGCUUUAUAACAAAAUGGCAGACAAAAGUGUAAAGCCUGCACCUGGACCUGUUUUUAUUGAAGUGGAAUAUGAUUAUGAGUAUGAAUACAAGAAUAAAAAGAUUGUCAUAAAGCAGGGAGAAAAAUAUAUUCUUCUGAAAAAAUCAAAUGAAGAUUGGUGGCAAGUUAAAAAGGAUGAAAAUGCCAAACCACUCUAUGUCCCAGCACAAUAUGUUAAAGAGGUGGCUCGGAAAGCUUUGAUGCCACCUAUCAAACAACAGAGUGUACUACCUAAUAGCCCACUUAAGGUCAUGCAAGGGCUACAAAGGUCCACAGAGAAUGUAAAUAAAUCGCCAGAACUUACAAGUUUUGGUAAAUCCUCUUCUAGUCAAGUUUCAGGUCUCGUUCGCGAUGCCAAUCAGAACAUUGGACCAAGCAAUAGUCCGGGGCAGACAAGAGGACUCACAUUAGAUAUUGUACAAAAUAAUGGAAAGCUGAAUAGUGACUUACAUUCACCAAAGGCCUCUAAUAGAAGUCCCUCAGCAAUUCAUUUUCCUUGUCCGGAGCUUAUGGAAAUAGAAAAAAAUAGUUUUUCAAAUGAACAGUCUGGUGAUUCUGCAGGUGAAAGCUCAGAAAAAAUUCCCCUGGAUUCAGAGUCUGGAGAUGAACUUAGUAGCAGUUCGACAGAACAACUGCAGUUUUCUUCUACUUCUGCCCCUGCAAGACCUGAUUCUCCUGUAUAUGCUAAUUUACAAGAACUGAAAAUUUCUCAGUCAUCACUGCCCCCACAACCUUGUACCCCUCCAAUCCACAUCAUUGGGGAGUGGGAAACCCAUAAAGAUAACAGUGGACGUUCCUAUUACUUUAAUAAGAACACACAAGAACGAACAUGGAAACCACCACGAGGCACAAAAGAAUCAUUUACAAGUAAAGGAGAAUCAUACAGUCCUGCAGAUCAGGAGCCUUUUUCAUCAGAAGACAAUUACCACAGCACUUGUGACAACCAAUCAGAUAGUCAGUUUGGUUCUCCUCCAAGGGGUUGGUCGGAGGAGUUGGAUCAGCAUGGCCAUACCUUAUAUAUCAAUGACCAAACUAAUGAAAAGUGGAUGAAACAUAUAGAUGAACAAGGUAGACCAUACUACUACAAUGCAGAUGGAUCACGUUCAGAGUGGGAAUUGCCAAAAUAUAAUGCUUUAUUACAUCCUCAAAGAGAGAUCACUAAAAGCAGAAGCCUUGAUAGGAAAUUUCAGGAAAACAUAGUUUUAACAAAGUGGAGGCACAGCACAUAUCUUCUGGAGACUGACAAGGAAUCUCCAACUCCAUCAAAAGCAAAUUUCCCUGAUAACGAAGCCUCACCGCCUUCUCCAAAACUUCAAUCAACAGAUCAAGAAAAGUAUGGUGUGUUAAAUGUGACCAAAAUCACUGAAAAUGGCAAAAAAGUGAGAAAAAACUGGACAUCUUCAUGGACUGUACUACAAGGCACAUCAUUAUUGUUGCAGGGCACUGGUGCUGGCUGGAAAUUUGGUAAUCAGUCCAAACCAGAGUUUACAGUUGACCUGAAAGGAGCAUCUGUUGAUUGGGCAACAAAGGACAAAUCCAGUAAAAAAAAUGUUCUUGAGCUUAAAACUCAUACAGGAACAGAACUUUUGAUACAGUCUGAUAACGACACGGUGAUAAAAGAUUGGUACACAGCACUAUCCAACACUAUUGGUACACCGACCGGAGAGUCUGAUGAAGCAAGUGAAGAUCACGUUCCUGACUCUCCAGUAGAAAAACAUGGCAAAGAAAAGAAUGACAAAGAGAAGGACCAUGACAACAGGGAUUCCAAAAAGAAUCGAUCAAUAAAGCCAGGAAGCAGCAUUGAUAAUUCAGAGCAAAAGAAAACCAAAACGAAAUUAAAGAAGUUUCUUACUCGGCGCCCAACAAUGCAAGCAGUUCGUGAGAAAGGUUACAUUAAAGACCCUGUAUUUGGUUCUAGUCUUGCCAGUCUCUGCCAAAGAGAAAACACCACAGUGCCAAAUUUUGUCAAACUCUGCAUUGAUCAUGUAGAAGAACAUGGACUUGAUAUUGAUGGGUUAUAUAGAGUCAGUGGGAAUCUUGCAGUGAUACAGAAACUUAGAUUUGCUGUUACACACGAUGAGAAGUUGGACUUGAAUGACUGCAAAUGGGAAGAUAUUCAUGUCAUUGCUGGAGCGCUGAAGAUGUUUUUUAGAGAACUUCCAGAACCACUUUUUACAUUUAACCACUUUGACGAUUUUGUGCUAGCAAUUCAAAAAGAACCAAGGCUUCGUGUUCAAGCAGUCAGAGAUUUAAUUAAACAGUUGCCAAAGCCGAACCAAGACACAAUGCAGGCUCUCUUCAAACAUCUCAAGCAUGUUGUCGAAACCGGAGAAAAGAAUCGAAUGACGUAUCAAAGCUUAGCAAUUGUUUUUGGUCCAACUUUGUUGAAGCCUGAAAAAGAGACUGGUAACAUAGCUGUGCACACUGUAUAUCAGAAUCAAAUAGUAGAGCUUAUUCUACUGGAAUACAAUGCUAUCUUUGGACGCUGAGCUUUACAUUGUUUGACCUGGAAUUGCUACUGGGAAACCCAUCUCUUUCUGAAGGACAUUAUUAUUUUUGCUACUAAUGUUACUGAUUUUAUUUGUGGACCAAGCUAAUCAUUUUUAUUUAAAUUUUUAUUUUUUUUUUGCACUUUUUUGGAAAAUGAUGAAAAAUUUCCAAUUGUCAUUUUUUUUAUUUUUUAAUAAAUGAUUUAAAAAGUUUUACAUAAUACAACCAGAUGCUUCUGAAUUGCAAGUCAAAAAUAGACACUGGAUUCACUGGAAACUAAAACCACUAUCAUGCCAUAGAUUUUCAACUUUAAUCACUCUUGAAAUUUUCUAAACUGUAUUAAUAUUGAUAUCAAUUUUGCUACUUUGUGUGGAAACAGUUAAAGUUCAUUUCAGUGACGCUGCAUCUUGUAUGUCUUUUUAAAACAAAUGUGAGCUUCUUUGCAGGCAUGCAGUGAAAAUCUUUCUCAGCUGCAAACAAUAUUGUACGUACCGCAAAAUUAUUUUUUUAAAGUACGAUGUUGUCAUUUUCUUUUUUUUUUUAUGUUAAAGCUCCAUUUUCCCUAUUUAAGUUUUACAAUGCAUUUAGCGAUGCUCUAUAACCUUGGCUGUGAAUAACCGCACACUUUAGUAUUAUAAACACUGAGAUAACCUGGAUGACUAUCAUAUGAGGUUUUCUUUAAACUGACAGUUCUGUAUAUAUGUAUGUCAGUUCUUCCUGGAAUUAUAUGUUACUUGAUGUUCUAUAACAAAUUGAAGUGUGUAGUCCUAAAUUAAGAGAUUACAGUGUAUAUUGGUGAUGCAAGUAUGUGGUAUUAAAUAUCCUCUUAAUGUAAAUAGAAGCCAAAGAUGUGAGUCUCUGGCUAUUUGUACAUAAUGAAUUUGGUGUAUAGUCUUAUCAUUUUUUCUGGUUUUCUCCACUCUAAUUUUGAAUCCAAAAUACAGGCAGCUCUUCCACUGGUAUCCGAUUUACUCCAGUAAAGCCUAUUGUAUGGGAGAACUAACUGUGUACGCACUUUUAGAUUUUAAAUAUUUUAUUUGCAGGUAGAUAUUUUAUGUAAGCAGAGGUACUGGAAUAUUUAAUAGGCUUCCUCUCUUAACCAGUGGAUUAUUUAAUAUGUACAGUGUAUUUUAGAAACAAAAAAAAUACAUAAUAAUUCUAUAUAAUGAUGUGCUUGUAUAAUGCCCACGUAAUGAUUGGCAAAUUGUUUAAAGAACAAUAAAAUAUCUGAGUUUCAUUUUACAUUAAUAAUGUAAACCUGUUUGUAAAAUAAAAAAGCAGAUUUGGAGCAUUUUGUAACAGGAAAAAGUUAUGAAGAUUUUUUUAGUGUAUUUUUGUAAACCACUGUAUGUUGCAUAUUCUGUUAUGCAUAUAUGUCUAAUCUAAAUAAAGACAUAGAUUAUCAAGCUCUUGUUACAUUUCAGAUACAUGUUGAAUAAAGAAUGCUCAGAAAAAUUAAA